UUUUUUGCACCUGUAGUCUGGUUUAUUUACCUGUAUGCAAGUUAACUAAUUUCCCUUACUCUGUCCUGGAGUAGUGAAAAAACAAAUUACCUGAAAAUGGCGUCGACCGUUAGCGGGAGCACAGCAUUUACUUACCAAGCAGAUCCAGACACAGGGACGUUCCAGCGGCGUUUAGGCGAUGUAUCAACUUUUUUUUAUGAUUCGGAGGAAGGAAAAAUACUUGGCAAAACUUUUCGACAAUGGAUAUUUGGUGCCAUGUUUUACAUGGCAUUCUAUGCUUGUAUUGUUUUCUUUAUGCUGGCGUGUGGUGCUGUUGUCUACCAAACAUUAAACUGGAAUAUGCCAAGACUUCAAGGGCAAGACAGUCUUCUACAGCAAAAUCCAUCACUAGGUUUCCGUCCUGUCCCCAGUGUUGACAUGACAUUAAUUAGGUUCAUCAAGGCAGAUCCAACUUCAUAUUCUCCUCUCACAGACAACCUAGAAGCAUAUUUACAAUUUUAUGAAAAUCAAAACCAAGUUACUGAUACAGGAGUGAUGGUUGAUUGUAAAACCUACAACAAAAGACGACCACAAACAGAAUGGGACAAAGCAUGUAGAUAUGAACUUAACAAUCUGGGUCCAGAUUGUAUUAAACAGCAAGCAUUUGGAAUGGAUGAUGGCAUGCCAUGUAUUUUAUUAAAGUUAAACAGGGUUUUUGAUUGGCACCCUGAGGAUUAUCACAAUGGUACAGAAAUCCCAGCAGAAAUUCUAGAAAAUUAUGAGCCGUACAAUGUGCACCUCAAAUGUUUUGGUGUGACACCAGCUGAUCAGGACAACAUUGGAGACUUUGAAUACCAUCCUCCACAAGGUUUCCACUUCAAAUAUUUUCCAUUUCGUAAUCAGCAGGGAUACAGAUCACCCUUGGUAUUUGUUCGUUUUAUGAACCCAGCACCAAAUAUACUGAUAAUGGUAGAAUGCAGAGCUUAUGCCAAAAACAUUAGACGCAAUAGUGUUGAGCGUUCAGGAGUCGUCAGAUUUGAAUUACUUGUUGACUAAAAUCAUAAUAGUGCAAUGCAAUUAAGCAAUUUUUUAAGUGCUUUAUUGGGUGGGAUCUUCAACAUUCCAUGAAUAUUACAUAUCGGGAUAGAUACAUGUUUUUAACAGAAUUGACUCUAAUAUAUGUUUAAUAGUCUUCCAUCUGUAAUCUUGUAAGAAGCAUAUACUGGUAUUCUUCUGUUUGAUGUCAAUUUGCUUUGGGUUUUUUUCAAUGUAGCUACUUGUUUUGGUCUUAAUGCAAUAAUGGGCGAUUAAAAAAAGUUUUUUUUCAAAGUGGUGUUAUGCAUCAGCAUUAAUAAUAAGUGCAUUUUUUAUUUA